AUGGCCUCCAUUGUGAGAGCUUUCCGCUCCUUCUUCCUCAUGGCGAUUGUGGUCUUCGCCGUCGGCCUUCUUGCAACAGGUAGCGCGGCUGAGAACCACCUUUUAUCGGGUGAAAAACUAAAAACCGGCGAAAACAUUUCCGACAUAAAUUACAGUUUAGAAAUGCAAGUAGACUGCAACCUCGUUCUCUACGAACUAAACCCGAAGAAACCCGUUUGGUAUACCCAUACCAACGACAAAGGUACUAAAUGUGAGCUCACGUUGACGACUGAUGGCAAUCUCGUCAUUGAAGAUGAGAAUGGAAAGCUCGUAUGGGAAAGUAAAACUAGCGGAACAUCUGGAAAUUAUAUUCUUCUCCUGCAACGAGACCGCAACGUGGUGAUCUACAGCAACCGGCUUUGGACCUCUACGAAAAAUGUUUGA